AUGGAGAUUGCCGCACGUCUUAACUUAACCGAAUUUAGUGGAUCGACUGGUUGGCUGGAUAGAUUUCGGAGUAGGCAUGGCAUUGUGUACCGGCAAAUUUCAGGUAAGGCUGAAUCUGUUAAUAAUAAUGAUACAGCUUCAUGGAAAAAUAACGUGUUGCCUUCAUUACUGCGUGAUUAUGCUCCUGACGAUGUAUACAACGCUGAUGAAUUCGGAUUAUUUUUUAAGCUUAUGCCAGAUAAGUCUUUUGUUUUUAAAAAUGAGACAUGCCAUGGUGGAAAGUUGAGCAAGGAACGUCUCACGGUUUUAGUAUGUACAAAUUCUACCGGCACCCAUAAAUUGAAGUUGGUCGUCAUUGAAAAAAAUAGGUCUCCUCGCUAUUUCAAAAAUGUUCGUACGUUCAAAAUCGAUGCUUGGAUGACAGGAACACUAUUCAUGAACUGGAUUCAACAGAUAGAUGCACUUUUCGGUAAACAAAAGAGAAAAAUUAUUCUAUUCGUCGACAAUUGUCCGGCUUACCCUAAAGAUAUCUCCACUACCAAUAUAAAACUUCUUUUCUUUCCACCAAAUACUACAUCUAAGUUACAACCCCUAGAUCAGGGUAUCAUUAAAGUGAUAAAACAAAAGUACCGAAAAAAAUUAGUUCAGCGGUACUUGAGAGACAUGGAGAGUACCAACCAAAUUUCAACUACAGUUAAUGUUUUGGACUCCAUACAUUACAUUAGUGCCGCUUGGGAUGAAAUUAAACCAGAUGUAAUAAUAAACUGUAUUCGGAAAGCUGCAUUUGGUGUGUUGAACAACUCUGAACAGGCAGAUAGCUCACCUUUAAAAGAAGAGGACUUUCAACUUCUGCAAAAUUUUGCUGAUUAUGCAACAAUAGAUGAUGAACUCGUAACCAGUAGCACUCGGACUUUGGAUGAAAUAAUCGCUGAUAAGAACUUAGUGGAGAAUGAGAAAGAAGACGACGAUCAAGAAGAAGAAGAUCAAGACUUUCCAGUAUCUACUCCUACAAUUACUGCUAGUUUGCAACACCUAUCGGAAAUUCGGAAAGUAUUAUCCUCUGUUGAAAAUUCUGAAGAAAUGUUAGGUUGUCUUAAUAAAAUUGAACACUUUCUUUCUGAAACGCAUUGUCAGAACUUAAAACAAUCAAAAAAAAGAUAA